AUGAGUGUUGACUCGGCUACUGUGCGUAGCGAUAUUCUUUGGCUUGCAACGCUCGGGGACCACGCAACUCCACCGCAGGGGCGCGCGCGUCGUACAGGGGGCGAAUGUAACGCUGAGAACGCAAUAGCAAUUCCGCAAGACCACAAAUCACAACAGCCCGCGAACAUAAUAAAAUUGCGCAUGGGGAUAGGGGGAUGUAGGGGGCGCGCGCCCCGC